GUGGUUUUGAAUUUUAAUCGAUUAUCGAGUUGCUAUGGCGUUUAAUUUGUUGAUAUUUGGAUUGAAAUGAGUAUAUAUAUAUUUAAUAUAAAUAAUUACGGAUUUAAUGAUAAAGACACACAAGAAUUAUUUAAAAAAUGGGGAAUGAAUUUGAGCUGUCAGAAUUUUUUAUUCAAUGAAAAAUUUCAUCCUUACCAUAAAUAUAAUUUAGCUGAGGAAUUUUUCAAAAACCCGGAAGUGGCAGGAAAAUUGAAGAUAUGGAAUAACAAUGAGUUCAAAGAAUCUUACGAUACUUUGGCAAGUGAAGUUGAAGUUAAACAGAUUCCCUGUUCAAUUGUGAGCAUGGCUUUCUUUGAUAAACUGAAAAACCCUGAUAACAAUAUUGUAUAUGCGUCAGGAAAUAUUCACCAGAAGUAUGACGAUUUCAUUGAUGGAAUUUUAGUCCCUAAUAAUUUGAGAGCUUUAAGUAUUUUUAAUUAAUUUAUGCUAUUAGAUGAAGAAUCCAAUGAAUACAAUCUCUAUUCCCAAAAUGAGCGGAGUGAAUUUAUAUUUAAAUUAUUCCAAUUAUUAGUUCUUGGGGGUGAAUAUUGUCAGUAUGAAGAUACCCUAGAUAAAUAUUUAGAAACUACUAAAAUACUCUACAAAGAUUUGGUGAGAAUUCAAAAACAAGAAAGCGAUAGUAAUUUUUUGAUAAGGACGAUUGUUCUUGAAGUUGUUGCAAAAAAAAAUAACGUAGCAUAUUUUCCUCGGAAGCCAGAGCACAAACAAAACGUCGGAUUUUUAUUAAUUGACCCAAUUAACCGGGAAAUAAAAACAAUACUCCAUCAAUACGGCAAUCAGUGAGCGGAAAUUUCAAAAUUAUCAACAAUCAAGUACUGAA